GCAGGACGGAGAGCUGUUUAUUACGUCUAACCCACAACAAUUUGGGUAUAGUGAAUUUGUGCGUCUGUUGAUGUUCAGAAGUUCGUCCUCAGUGCAGGUCAACAGCUGGUAAGGUCAUGUCUGCCUUUCUGCACCACUGCCCAUUUCUGAAGUCUGCCCCAGGCCCGGUCCUGAGGAAUGUAGGGGGCUUUUUGGGCAUGGCUGACCGAUGUCCUGUCAUUGCCCGGCAGAUUACAGCCAAAGUCACUCAGAGCCAGGAUGAGAAAGGUCUGCUGCCACAUAAGGAAGCAAAACGCUCCUUGGCUGUCUCAGCUGCUCAGGUGGCUGUGUCCCUGACCAAGGCCUGUCCCUUUGUGUCCUCUAAUAUUGGACUGGUUGAAGCUAGCCCUCAGGUACAGGAGGACGUCCAUUCUGAGCUGGUCGGUUCUCAAGAGGAAGAAAUCGCUUCAGGAAUGAUCAGCUCUCUUUUUAAUGGCCUGCAAGGGUUCUGCUCAUCUUCACCAUCUCACCUACUCAAGGACAAUAUGGUAGGACCAGCUUUUGAGUAUGAUGACUUCUUUACCCAGAAGAUUGUUGAGAAGAAGAAGGACCACACCUACCGUGUGUUUAAGACAGUCAACCGCUUUGCAGAUGUCUUCCCCUUCGCAGAGGAUUACUCCAUUCCUGGACGCUCUGGUUCCCAGGUGUCGGUCUGGUGUAGUAACGAUUACCUGGGCAUGAGUCGGCAUCCACGUGUCAUUAAAGCAAUAUGGGAAGCUCUGGAAAAACAUGGCGCUGGAGCAGGUGGCACCAGGAAUAUCUCUGGAACUAGUAACUACCAUGUAGCUCUAGAGAAGGAACUGGCCCUUCUUCACCAGAAAGAUGCAGCUCUUGUCUUCUCAUCCUGCUUUGUAGCUAAUGAUUCCACCCUCUUUACUCUGGCAAAAAUGCUUCCUGGCUGUGAGAUUUACUCAGACAUGGGAAACCAUGCCUCCAUGAUCCAGGGAAUCAGGAACAGCGGAGCCAAACGCUUCAUUUUCCGUCACAACAACGCUACACACUUGGAAGAAUUGCUCAGUCGCUCCAACCCGAAAACACCCAAGAUUGUGGCCUUUGAGACAGUGCACUCCAUGGAUGGAGCCAUCUGCCCCCUGGAAGAGCUGUGUGAUGUAGCACAUAAAUAUGGUGCUCUUACCUUCGUGGAUGAGGUUCACGCAGUAGGCCUGUAUGGAGCUCAUGGAGCAGGAGUUGGUGAAAGAGAUGGUGUCAUGCACAAGAUUGACAUUGUUUCUGGAACCCUGGGUAAGGCAUUUGGCUGUAUUGGGGGCUACAUUGCCAGCUCUGCCGCCCUGGUGGACACGGUGCGCUCCCACGCUGCAGGGUUCAUCUUCACCACGUCACUGCCUCCCAUGGUGCUUGCUGGAGCUCUGGAGUCUGUGCGGGUUCUGAGGAGCCCUGAGGGCCAGGCCCUGCGCCGGGCUCACCAGAGGAACGUGAAACACAUGAGGCAGUUGCUUCUGGAUGCAGGUCUGCCUGUCAUCAACUGCCCCAGCCACAUCAUCCCCAUUCAGGUUGGAAAUGCAGAGAAAAACUCAAGAGUGUGUGACAUCUUGCUGGAGAGACACAACAUCUAUGUACAGGCCAUAAACUACCCGACUGUGCCACGUGGAGAAGAGCUCCUGCGAUUGGCUCCUUCCCCAUUCCACAGCCCCAUCAUGAUGGACUACUUUGUAGAGAAACUGGUGGAUGUGUGGCAAGAGGUUGGGCUGCGACUGAAUGGACCUGCGACAGCCUCUUGUACUUUCUGUGAUCGGCCUCUCUACUUUGACCUCAUGAGCGAGUGGGAGAAGAGUUAUUUUGGCAACAUGGAGCCAAGAUAUAUUACAGUUGCUGCACAAUAAGAUCCACAGAUGGGGACAGGGAUGGAACAGAACAUUAAUUGUAUCCUGCUUACCUGCUGUCGAGAUAUCUUCAUUUACACUGUCCUAUAUAUAUUGCUGUGUGCUGAAGUUUUAUAAUUGUUACAUUGAUUGCUGUGGUUCUUCCUAUGGAUUAGUAAACAUAAAUCUGUGUCCCCUCUGCAUUUUAAAAACCUGCACAUGGGCACUUUUUAAAAUAAAUGUUUUUGGCAUUAUUAUUCAUCACCACUUUUUCAAGCAGAUUAUACCUGGUUGUGAACUAAAUUACAAUAAAUUAAAAUUAUUAAACUUAA